AUGCGUGAAGUCAUUAGCAUCAACGUUGGACAGGCUGGCUGCCAGAUUGCCAACUCGUGCUGGGAGCUCUACUGUCUUGAGCAUGGAAUCCAGCCCGAUGGCUUCCUCACCGAGGAGCGCAAGAGGGCCGAUCCGGAUCAUGGCUUUAGCACUUUCUUCUCUGAAACAGGUCAGGGAAAGUAUGUCCCUCGAGCCAUUUACUGCGAUCUCGAGCCCAAUGUAGUCGAUGAGGUCCGUACCGGUCCCUACCGCGGCCUUUUCCACCCCGAGCAAAUGAUCACCGGCAAGGAGGAUGCCUCCAACAACUAUGCCCGCGGUCACUACACAGUCGGAAAGGAGAUGAUUGAUCAAGUCCUGGACAAGAUUCGCCGCGUUGCAGACAACUGCGUUGGCCUCCAGGGCUUCCUCGUCUUCCACUCGUUUGGUGGCGGUACUGGCUCUGGGUUUGGCGCCCUCCUGAUGGAGCGUCUCUCGGUUGAUUAUGGCAAGAAGAGCAAACUCGAGUUCUGCGUGUACCCCGCUCCGCAGACGGCCACUUCGGUUGUUGAACCCUACAACUCGAUCCUUACCACCCACACCACAUUGGAGCAUUCCGACUGCUCCUUCAUGGUCGACAAUGAGGCCAUUUAUGACAUCUGCCGUCGGAACCUUGGUCUCGAGCGCCCCAACUACGAGAACCUGAACCGCUUGAUUGCUCAAGUCGUUUCUUCGAUUACCGCGUCCCUCCGAUUUGACGGCUCUCUGAACGUGGAUCUCAACGAAUUCCAGACGAACCUGGUCCCCUAUCCCCGUAUCCAUUUCCCCCUGGUUGCCUAUGCUCCCAUGCACUCGGCUGCCAAGGCCGCGCACGAGGCGAACUCGGUCCAAGAGAUGACCAUGUCCUGCUUCGAGCCCAACAACCAGAUGGUCAAGUGUGAUCCCCGCAACGGAAAGUACAUGGCUACCUGUUUGUUGUACCGUGGUGAUGUUGUUCCCAACGACGCGCAUGCCGCUGUCGCGACUCUCAAGACCAAGCGGACAAUCCAGUUCGUGGAUUGGUGCCCUACUGGAUUCAAGCUUGGUAUCUGCUACCAGCCACCCGAGAUGGUUCCCAACGGUGACCUGGCCAAGGUCAGCCGCGCUGUUUGCAUGCUGUCCAACACGACCGCCAUCGCUGAGGCUUGGUCGGCGCUGUCUAACAAGUUUGACCUCAUGUACUCGAAGCGUGCCUUUGUUCACUGGUAUGUUGGAGAGGGUAUGGAGGAGGGUGAGUUCUCGGAGGCCCGCGAGGACCUUGCUGCCCUGGAGCGUGACUACGAAGAGGUCGGCGCGGACUCGCUCGGUGAUGACGAGGGACUUGAGGCAGAGUAUUAA